CAGACGGUUUCAGUCGCAAACGGACGCUCAACGAGUACACAUCUCGGUGGUUGAAAAUACCCAGAAAACCAAACGUUCUUAAUAUUAUAUAGCAAAAUAAUAUAGGAGCAGCUAAAGUCACAGCUCACAGCAACUACCUAAGCGCUUUUUCUGUUGAAAACUGCCAGCCAUCCAGCCUGCCCGAUUGAUUGUAUAGUUAACCGACACAGCGUGCACAUUUGUGUAGCAAACAAGAAAAUAAUAAAGUAUCUAUCAUCUACUUACGAAUAGCUAGCUAGUAGUGAGCCGCCUGCUUGCCUACCCGCUUUCGCAUUAGAGCGAUAGAGAAGACAAGCGUUGUUCGUUAUUUAGUUUAUUGUCUUCGUCCUCGUCCUCGUUGCACCGAAGUUUUUUGGUCUCUGUACGCCUUCGGCCGGCUACGAAUGGUUGGUUGGUGUUGUUGUGACCCACUGUAGAUACAGAUAGAGAUACAUUUACGUACAAAGUAUCUGCGCAACAACCAACGAGCAACGAGCAGAAGAACUAACAACUCAGCACAGAACGAACAUUGAAAUAACAUUCAGAAGUUAAAUACACAUCGCAUUGGGCAGUCUGAAACAGUGUGUCUGUGUGGUUCGUAGUGAGAGGAUCUUCAUCGCUAUUUGUGCGUGUCUCGUGUUAAAGCAAAUUAAAUAAAUUUGUAAAAUUACAAUUAAAACAAAAGUACCGCGAACGCAGUUAUAUAAUUUAUAAAAAAAGUAAAAUAUAUCUAAUUUAACAAAAUACAGAACAAAUCAAAUAAAAUGUCAGCAGCCACAGAACAAAAUAAUGGUGAUGUCGCCGUUGAGAAAGUUGCCGCCGAUGCCGUUGAUGCGGCAGCAGCCGUGAAGGAGGAUCUCAAAAAGCCUGUCGUCGAUGAAAAAGUGGCGGCUGCUGAUAAUGGCACAGCGUCAAAGGGUGGUGCCGAUGAGGAGGAAUCUCCUGAUGCCGCCAAUGAAGCCGCCGCACCCGUCAAGGAGCAUGUGAAAGGAACAAAACGGCCUGCCGAAGCAAAAUCCGCCGAAUCAAAGAAGGCCAAAAAAGAAAAGGCCGCUGAUGCUGACUCAGAGGAUGAUGAAAUUAUAGAAGAGGUCAUUGAGGGAGAUAGCGAUAUUGAUAGUGAUGAAUAUGAUCUCCCCUACGAUGGAUUCGAGGAGGAGGAACCCGAGUGUGACGAUGAUGACGACGAUAACGACGAUGGAUCCGGCUCUGACGAUCAGGCGUAAUAAUAAUGUAGUAGUCAAAAACCAUUUAAAUUAAAAAAAAAAUCAUAAAAAUGCAAGAAAACUUAAAAAACAGUAAAACAAACAAAAAAUGUAAUAACACAAAACAAACAAACAUGAUGAGAAGAAAAGAAGUAUAUAAUUAUUAUGUUAAGAAAUACUUUUUUAUUUCUUAUUUUAUUUUAAUUGUAUUAUGUGUAAUUUUUUUUAUAAAAAAAUAAGAGAUAUGACGAUGAUCAACAAAAAGGCAAAAAACCCACAAACUGCAUAAUUUUUUCCUUUACUCUUAAGUCAUACGUAUAUUAUCAUUUAAAUAUAUAUAUACAUACAUAUAUAAAUAUAUAAACAACUUAAGCGUAAUGAUGAAAAGAUGAGUUAAAUAAAAAUUAAAUAAUAAUACACAAAUAAUAAAAUAACAAUAAUGAUGAGAUGAAAAUGAUGAACACAAAUUACAACAAUAGCAAUUAGAAACGUUACAAUUGAGUAAAAAAUACAAAAACGUGAAAAGUAUUGAAAUAAAAGAAAAUUAUGUGAAAAAAUUUAAAAAUUUUGAAGAAAUUAUUUUCUUGGCGCUUAAUAUUUUAUUUAUCGAAAUUUUGAGCACUGAUUGGUAGAAGAAUCGUAGCAUAGAAAAUUAAAAUGUUUCCAGCUGCGUAACAGCGAUUGGGUCUUUGUACAUGUAUUGCUACAAUGUUCUACUUUACUUGAAGAUUCGACAACAACUAAAAUAACAAUUGAUUUAUUAACUACACUUCUUGAGUUGUAUAUUAUGCUCGCAUCUUUAUUCAUACGAGUACGAAUUAAAAUGGUUUUAAAUUACUUUGAAAACAACUUGAAACAAAGUUACGAUUUACAAAGUAUUUGAAACCCAUUUUAAUCCUAUUAUGAAUUGAGGGGUAAAUUCAAAACUGGUAAGUGUUUAAGUAGCGUAGUAUUUAUAGCCUUCGGCCUUGCAUUAAUUGUUUUAUAGAAUUUUGAUUAAAUACUACUGUAAUAAUCAACAAACUGCAUGCAUUCAAACCUAGUUCAACCCAAUCCAAAGAGCUUGUACUCGUAUGAUGGAUCCUUGUAAGGUUGAAGUAAUACAGCUCUUAUUGACAAAAAAUGUGUAAAUUUAUUUUUACAAUCAUCAAGAAAAAAAUAUAUAUUUAUUUAUAUAUAUAAAUUAUGGAGUUAAUUUUAUAUAUUUUUAAAUACAUUUGCAUGUACAUAUUGUAUUCUAUACCAAAGACCAAAAAGUUUAUCGCAUUCCUCUCAACACAGUAUUAUUUAAGUGAUUUAAAUGCCAAAAAAUAUAGCUGGGCUAAAUGCAUUUGAAACCAAAGGUAUACAAAGAUUUUUAUGUGCACCGAAUAUAACCAUAAACGUUGGUAGAGGAGAAAAAACCUACACAAAAUCCAGAUAUACACCUACAUGCAUCUGUACGUAUAUGUUUACACAUACAUAUGCAUAUGUUCAUACAUAUAUGUAUAUAUGUAUACAUUAGCAAAAAUCGAAGUUACUUAAGUUGAAUUUAUGUUAUCAGAAUGAGAAAAUUAGCCGAAGGAUUCUCGCACACACACAUCUACUUUAUGAGAAUAUUGUGACCAACUUGCUAACCUGUAAUAGCGCUAGUGUACGUACACUAGCAUACAAUACAUUCAUAUUUAUGCAUUCAUGUAAAUGCAAAUUCUUUAUAAAGGAAAUAAUCCUGCAUGCAUCAAUAAAGGGCAACGAGUAUUGCUGCGUUUUCUAUAAAAGUAAAAAUAGUGGAAAGAAUGACGAUUUUAAAUAAUACAACUUUUUUGUGAAUACUUUGAGAACAAAUCUUUCCUAAUAAAAUAUUCGGAAACAAUGACGAAAGAAUAACGAUUUUAAAUAAUACAACUUUUUUGUGAAUACUUUGAGAACAAAUCUUUCCUAAUAAAAUAUUCGGAACCAAUUCCGAAUUUGUUUUUGUUACAUAUAAAAAUUUAUGUAAAUGAUUUGUUCACAUGAAAUUCGGGAUAAGGCGGAUAUCCGUGGACGUCUGACAAAGCAACACUCAAGUCGACUUAGCAGAGUUCCAAUGCGAUUUUGAGCUAUCUAUCAUUAAAAGCACAAUAAAAGUUAUGAAAGGGGCAAUUUUUUAUAUUGGUUGUAUAAUAAGCCACAAACGUUUUUCUCAUACUUCAUAAUAUUAUUUUUACGGAUUAUAUAGAGGCCUUCGAGCAAAUUAACAAUUCUGCCCUUUAUGUUUUCAAAAAUUGUUUCGUAUUUCGACGCUAGUUCUCAAUAUGUGAAAUGUAACGAAAAAAAAACCGUCAAUGCAAUAGUGUACACAACAAUAACACUUAUUGCAUACAUUUUUUUUUAUUGAACAAGAAUUAGAAAUUAAUAAAAUAACAAUUUCAGGGAAAAGGUAAAAGGAAAGGAUAUGUUUCUUGUUUUGAAGGUGGAAGCGUGGAUAAGAAACAUUUGUCAGAAAACAAAAUAAUGUUAUGUACUAAGAGAUACACCAUGUAAACCACUGAAAAGUGUGCUUGCAUACAUUCAUUCCUACACCACAUACUCACAACGAAAAGCAUACCCCUAUAAAAAAAUUCGUUAUAUCAACCAAUAUUACAUAAAAAUAUCUAUGUAUAAAUACGUAUGUAUGUAUAACAUUAAAAUUAUACCAAUUUCAACUAUGUAUACUUCAGAGCAAACCUGUAUUCGUAUAUAUAUAUAUUUAAAUAUGCAAUACAUACAUACAUGCGAAACGAUAUGGUAAUAUCUUGUACAGAAAAUAAAUUUUAAUGUCGCUUGGUAAAGCAAGUAAAAUAAUAUAUAAAUCAAGCGAAUAAACGCACGAAAGGAAUGGAAGAACAAACAGCCCUCGAUUAACCGUAAGAACGUACAUAUGUAGGUGUAUAUGUAAACGAAAAUUCACAAUCAUAUUUGCAUGUGUGGACAAGGGUGCGGUGUGUAAAAUUGCAAAUAAAAUUGUUAGUAAGAUGUACCAAUCCCACUCUCCCUACUCUCUCACCGCCCACUAGUCACACCAAACGGAAAUGACAAAAAUACAAACAAAACAAAAAAUCACCAAACGAUAGAAGUAUAUCGAAAAUUUAUGUCGACUAGCAAUCGAUAUACGCACAAACUGAAAUAUGAAGUAAAUACAACAAUAAAUACAUGUGUGCAUUGAAUGUGUGAGUAUUUACAUCCUUCUUAUAUUUGCAUUGAAAGUAUUUACUUUUUCAGACGUCUGUUAAAUAUUUUUAUCGAAAGAGAGAACUAAAUAGCAUUCAUAAAAAGAACAACUGCAUUUCGAGAAGGUCUCAGUUUUACUUGUACGAAUAAAUGUUGUAAGCGAAGAAUUAAAAACAAAACAAAAAAAAAAAAAAGUGUAGCACUAAGUACAUGCAUUUUAAUCUGUUGAAAAAAUAUAAAAAAAAUAUGAAAAACAAAAGACAUUUGCAUACUAUUACUAUGAAAGUUAAUAAGCAAACAGUAACGAAUUAAUAUUAGAAAUAAAAGGAACCUUUCGAAUUUUUUCUUUAAUGAAAAAUACAACAGUUUUAAAAAUAAAAUAUUUCAUUGCAAUAAUUUUAUAAUCUAAGCAUUUUUGUAAUAUACACGAUGACUACGAAGUUAUUUGUAAAUAAUUCAAAAUAUUGUAGACCAAGUUAUAUUUAUGUACAUAUGUACAUAAAGGUGCAUAUGCAAGUAUAUUCAGAAAUGAGUAUCUUACUUACCCAGCAAAAAGUUUUUAAUAGAAAUACAAAUGAAAUAAAAUUUAUUAAUAAAUUGGCAUUACACAUGCCGAA